CAACAACAACAGUCACAAUACUCCAGAGGAAAUAAUCAAUCGGAUUGUGGUGGACGCUUUGGGCAACAAGGUGGCAAAAAGAAGCAUCUGAGCGAGUUAGUUAUCCUGGAAAACUCUGACAAUGCAAUCUGUAUCAUUAAUGACACAGCUCAGUUUAAUAAAGUGUCUGCCGAUUACAAGUUCACGGUUCUGCCUGAUCAUCGCUGGAGGUGUGAAGUUUACUUGGAAGGACAGUAUGUGGCAGCAGGAAUUGGGCCCAAGAAAAUAGUGAAGCACAUUGCAGCAGAAGAGGCCUUAGCAACUUUGAGACAGACGCAAGCUGUGGUCAAAUCCAACCUAAGAAAGGAGGGGCACAACGAUGCCAUAUCCCGAUCCCAGAUCCUGGCUCGCUCCGGUGAGGAGGCCACGAGGCAGGAGAUUAAGGAAGACAACAUCGGAAACCAGCUGCUCCGCAAAAUGGGCUGGAAGGGAGGUGGUCUGGGACGAGAUGGGGAAGGCAUCGCAGAACCAAUCAGAGUGAAGGAGCAGUUCUCCAGAGAAGGGUUGGGAAUGGACACGGACAAAACUGGAAACCAGCUCAGCAAGCGUGAUAUUGAGGACAUCAUUCGUAACUAUGCCAGUUCAGACCGCCAGGAUGACCUUCGCUUCUCGACCGACCUCACCAACGAUGAACGCAAGCAAAUCCACCAGAUCUCUCAGAAAUAUGGCCUACGAAGCAAGUCAUACGGACAAGGACGGCAACGGUUCCUUGUUGUCAGUCGCAAAGUACACAAAGAUCAGCUCAUUGGUCAGCUUUUACAGGAAGGACAGGUGGGACGAUAUGAGCUGGUGAAACCCCAGGCGUCUCACUAAUUUGCAUGCAGAACAAAAUGAAGAAAACAAAGUUGUCAUUGACUUGGACUUCACAACAAAUCACACUCAAGUGUAACUGCUUUGUUUUUACUUCUGUGACAAAUUUACAGCACACAUUAAUAAAUGAGAAUCCUUCAGGUAAAAAA